UGGCGGCAGCGCGCGGAGCGCCCCGGAGGUGCCGAGGAGCGGGCCUGACUGGAGCGCCCGGGGCGGGUUCGUCGGCCCCUUCGCCGAAACGCAGAACGUGAACGGAAAGUUUUUGGUCUGAUCAGUCCUGUUUUCGCGCGAAAUGCUCCACAUCUUAGGAAUUCUGCAAGGGGCAGCCUGGAAGGAGCUGGAGCUGUGGAGCUGAAACCCUGGCUAGGUCAGCAAAGCCGUUUCCUGGAAGCUCCUGCUCAGACAGGGCAUCUCAGGAAAUAAACCAGAAGAGCCUUACUGGGUUAACCAAGGAAGGCCUGAAAAGGUUGGCCAGAUACCAGCACUGUUGAAGAAAAGACCCUAAGUUCAGCCACCACUUUUUUCCCUCCGCCAUGUCCGACCUGGAGGAUGAGGAUGAUGAGACUUGUUGGAACGACCUGGAAAGCUUCCGUGUGACGCUGAUUACAGUGAUCGACCCUUCCAGGAUAACACCUUACCUCCGGCAGUGCCGAGUCAUAAACCAUGAUGACGAGGAGCAGAUCCUAAAUGAUCCCAGUCUGGUACUCAGGAAAAGGAAAACAGGGCUGCUCCUAGAUAUUCUCCAGAGGACGGGCAAAAAGGGUUUUGUGGCUUUCCUCGAGAGUCUGGAAUUGUACUACCCUCAUCUCUACAAGAAAAUAACAGGCAACAACCCCACCCGGGUCUUCUCUAUGAUUAUAGACACGGCGGGGGAGUCCAGCCUGAUGGAGUUGCUGAUGAGCGAGGUCUCAAAGCUGCAGGGGGCCAUCCGAGAAGAGAGGCAGAAGGUUCAGGAGCUGAACAUGGCCCUCUGCACCAAGGAGGAUACCAUCAAGGAGAUGAGGGUGAGGGACAGUGUCCUGCGCAACUAUCAGGAGCGGACACACAAGAUGAAGGAGGAGAGGGAUGCCCUUAGCAGGGAACUGAAGCUGUGCCGAGAUGAGAACUAUGAGCUGGCCAUGAACUACGCCAAGCAGAGCGAGGAGAAGAACACAGUGCUGAUGAAGAAUCGGGACCUGCAGCUGGAGAUUGACUGUCUGAGGCACAGCCUGAUCAAGGCUGAAGACGACUGUGACCUGGAGCGGAAGCACACGCUGAAACUGAAGCAUGCCAUUGAGCAGCGCCCCAGCCAUGAGGCAGUGUGGGAAAUCCAGCGGGAGAAGGACUUGCUGUUGGCCAAGAACAAGGAGCUUGAGAGUACCCUGCAGGUCACUAAGAAAGGCAGCUCCGAGAAAGACGGUGUCUCCUUCCAGGCCCUUGAGGCCGAGUGGAGGCGGGUGCUGAAGGAGCAGCAGGAGCUGGUGAACACCAUCUGUGAUUUACGCCAAAUGCUCCAGAGAACUGAAGAUGGGCGGGACAAACUUGUAGGAGAGAAGGAGCUGCUGGAACUGAGAUGUACUUCCUUGCAAAAUGAUAACCAAAUUUACCAAGAUCGUAUCAAGGCUAUCUUAAAGCAGCUGGAAGAGGUGGCUGCGGAAAGAGACCAGGCUCUUCUGACCCAGGAGAGGUGCCACAAGCAGUAUUCCCAAAGCCUGAGAGAUAAGGACAGCUACCGGAAACAGAUCCGGGAGCUCGGGGAGCGUUGUGAUGAACUGCAACUUCAGCUCUUCCAGAAAGAGGGACAGCUGCUGAGUGCCGAAGCCAAGCUGAAAAGGCUGUGCCUCGAUCCUUCCACUCUGACUUCAGAUCUUGAAGAAAACUCAUCCCGGAGCUCUCAAGAGCUGACUCCCCAUGAAAAUCCAGAUGAAGAUGGGAAAGCAUCUUCCAAAGCAAGUAUGUUCAUCUCUGAGGAACACUCCAGCAUCCAGGAUCCACAGUUUGGUGUUCUUGAAAACAAUCAUCUUCUUCCAACAUCACAAGAAGGAGACCUGUCAGAGAAAGGGCGUCGGCGAAUGAAGGACAGUUUUGAGCAUUAUCGGAGAAAGAGAGCUCUACGAAGAGCGCAGAAGAGCAGGUAUCAUGAAGUGGACUGGGAACAUUCGUCAGGAAGUGACAACACAGACACCGAAGGUUCCUGACCUCAUCUCCUAUUUGGAGGACAAGGUGGAGAGUUCUGGAGACUCUUCUGUCUUGAUGCAGCUCAGCCAUCCUCUCCUCAUUUGCAAGCAAAGCGGGCAGUGGGAUGGCUAAACUGUGGAACUGGGUUAUUAUUCUGAAGAUUUACGGAUUUACAUCCCUACCCAGGGCUGACUGAAUGAUGCUGUCAAGAUUCUUCCCUAGUAUCUGGGGGCUCUGGGGAUUUGGAUGGGGAAGAACAAGUUUGGGCUCCAUCCAAACAAGACUGAGUGGUUGGGGGGGUUUAGCCACUCCCAACCCUGCCACAAUCUGGAGACUUUGCCAUUUUAGAUUCUAGAUUUUCUAUUUAUAUAUUGUUUGUUUGUUGUUACUUUUUUCUUUUUGAUUUCUUGUGUGUUUAUGUGGUAUGCCACUCUGAUCACACUGGCCUGAGCUGGGUGGGUUUAUAUGUCUUCAAACAAACAUUGCAACACACUGUACCUGGGGCUGCCCUUAAAGACCAUCUGUAUGCUACAAUUAGUCCACAAUGCAGCUGCACAGGCAGUGACAGGCAUCCCCUGGUCCAUCCAUGUAUCUGUACUACCUCGUGAGCUCUGCUGGCUUCCUAUAAGCUUCCAGGGGUUGGUGAUCAUCCAGAAAGCCCCUCAUGGCUCAGGACCAUGUUCUUGGUGGGUCUGCCUAUCUUCUGUUUGACUUGGCCUUCCCAUAAAAGUCCAACAGACUGAGCAUACUCAGUGACCGCUUCACAAAACCAUAUCAUCUUGUGGGACCUAGGCACCCCGCCCCCGGAUCUGGAGGGCCCCAACCCUGCUGGCCUUCCCUAUGGCUUGACAACCUGGAUGGUUCUCAUGAGCGCUCGGUUAGGAUGCUGGAGGAACCUAUGUGGAGAAUUGUAGGAGCGGUGGAAGAUGGUGGGUUUCAGGCUCUCUUUGGGGCUAUUUUCUAUUGCGCUGCAGUGGCGCUUGGACAUUUAGCAUGGCUUUGUUUUCCAUCCUGCCUCAGCCACCCAGCAUCCUAUUUUGCAAGUGAGGCAGCCAUGCAACUCACUUUAAUUAAUAAAAUGUAUAAAUCAGAAUCCCAGUUGGAGACUUCCUGGGAAAUGGGGUAGGCUGGGAGCUCCUGGUGCUCAUGCAGAUGCAGGUAUAUUUACUUUCCUAAACAGGGAACUCAGGCACGUAGGUCGCUAUGGGCACUUGAUUUACUAUUAUGUUGUUAUUUUGUCAUUCUUUGACUAUCUUUUCCAAGGCCUUUGUGGCUGCUCUACUAAGUGCUAGUUUGUGGCAUAUUCCCCAACUGUUUGUUCCUUUCCUGUUGCUGGUUAAUCCUAAAAGGAAAAGCUAUCCAUCACUUCAGCCAGGAUAAUUCACUGAUUGGUUGGGCUCUCACAUGUCAAGAGGGUACUGGUUAGCUUCCUAUGGAGAAGAUUACCCUGAUGUCAGUUGAACAACGUGACACAGUGACUACCUCUCUUUAACUGUUUGGAUUCAGCUGCCAACCAGAUCCAUAGCACAGCCAGGAUGCCUUCCCGGACUGGCCUCCAUAGUAUCUAAAAUGUCAAAUACACCUAGGCCAGUGGAAAUUCGAGCAAAAAUCUUAGCCACAGACACAGAUCAAAAGGUAAUAUCUAAUUAUAGCGCUCUCCCUUAAUUUCUGCAAGAUUAUCUAAGCUGCACUCUGCAUAGUAAUUCACCCCAUUUGAUUUACAGACUGUAAAAUUUCAUCCCCUUGGAACCCCUCAAUCUGAACACAUGUAUAGAUCAAACAGGACAUUUCCUGCAAGAUUGGGGUGAAGCCAUGAUUGUCCCUUUAAGAAGGGGAAUAGAGCAGAUCCAGCUAAUUAUAGACCUAUUAGCCUUUUAAAUAUCAUUAGUAAAUUCUAUGCAUGCCAUCUAGAUUGGAAAUUGCAGGACAUGAUAAAGGAAAUAUCUGUAUUAGGUAACAAAACACAGGCUUGAGUCAGAUUUAACUCAAAUGGUGUGCUAACCAACCCAAUACCUGUUGAGAAAGGAGUCUGAGGGGGCUGCAUUGGGGCCCCUACAUUAUUUAAGUUGCACCUACACUCCCCAACAGGCCAUCUGACUCUCCAAUUUACACCUGCCUCAGAUGGGGGGGCCCAGGUGUACUUCUAUAUGCUGAUGACAUGGCUAUUAUCUCACAUUAGUUGGCCUCAGACAGUCUCUUGUGGUUUUUGCUAAAAAGCCUAAAACACGAAAGUGGACCAGUUUCAAAUAUCUGGGGAUGGUCCUACAUGCUACUGGCUUUCAGAAAACCCACAUACAUUAUAUGAAAUAAGUAGCAUGGAGGAGGCAAGGAAUGUAUUCCUGCAGGCACAGCUGCGAGGGGCAGUUCUGAAUCCAGAGAAGAUGCGUCAAUUACUUAACAAUACAGGUGAUCCAUCUGCGAUAUUCCUGCGGAGUUACUGUUUGAUCAAUUUAUUCCUUUGUGUAUGGAUGGAGACUAAUUCAAAACAGCAGCCCUGAUUUCCUUGGAAUUUGGGCAUUGUUUCCCUCCUGUUCUACCGCUGGGAUCUUUCUUUUGUAAGGGCCCUAAGUCAAUUUCCCAUUUAGGAGUGUCUAUCCCUAUUGGGAUAGAUUCACUUCAGAAAGUGAAGAACUAAAGAGCCUCUUGAUGAGGGUGAAAGAGGAGAGUGCGAA